AACAUAGUAGUCCGGUACUCCUGUGGGCCACCCCCUUUCCUUUCCGCCUUGAGCCGCGACUCGGAGGGUUGGGUUCCGCGGCGGGGGCGGGGCCGGGGGCGGGGCGGAAAGUGGGCUGCGGCCGGCGGGUGGGCUACUCGCGGCGGCCGGCCCCGGGACCCCUCCAGACCGCUCGAAGACGUAAAAGGCCCGCCGGGGUCCUGGUUGUUUCACGUCCAGAACCCAGUUCCUCGCGUCUUCCGCGGGGCUGUCCGGGACCAGCGGGUGUGGAGAGUGCGGCCGGCCUGGUCCGGGGAGGGCCCGCCUUAGCGCCAGCCCUCAUCACCGCCCCCGCGUUUUGCAGAGGAGUGAAACUCUGGUUGGCUUGCUUUCCAAUCAGACUUUGGCUCUUUCAUUUUAAAAAGUCUCGAGCGCCCACAGCCGGGCACUGUCCCGAGAACUAACCCAGGCUGUAGUGUUUGGGAACUAGGCCCGCUCGGCGGCCACAGUUUCGGGCGUCCCACCUCUGCACGGCCCGUCGGGCCCCGACAGCACGCGGAGAUGAGGAGCAGGAGCAAUUCCGGGGUCCGCUUGGAUGGCUACGCGCGGCUGGUCCAGCAAACCAUCCUGUGCUACCAGAAUCCCGUCACAGGGCUGCUGUCAGCCAGUCACGAGCAGAAGGACGCCUGGGUGCGGGAUAACAUCUACAGCAUUCUGGCCGUGUGGGGCCUGGGCAUGGCCUACCGUAAGAAUGCGGACCGUGAUGAGGACAAGGCCAAAGCCUACGAGUUGGAGCAGAACGUGGUGAAACUGAUGCGGGGUCUUCUCCAGUGCAUGAUGAGACAGGUGGAUAAAGUGGAGAAGUUCAAGCACACUCAGAGUACCAAAGACAGCUUGCACGCCAAGUACAACACUGCCACCUGCAGCACCGUGGUGGGCGACGACCAGUGGGGCCACCUCCAGGUGGAUGCCACCUCCCUCUUCCUCCUGUUCCUGGCCCAGAUGACUGCCUCUGGUUUACGUAUUAUUUUUACCCUUGACGAAGUGGCCUUCGUACAGAAUCUUGUUUUUUACAUAGAAGCUGCAUAUAAAGUUGCUGAUUAUGGAAUGUGGGAACGGGGAGAUAAGACUAAUCAGGGCAUUCCGGAAUUGAAUGCAAGCUCUGUAGGAAUGGCCAAGGCAGCUCUUGAGGCAAUUGAUGAACUGGACCUUUUUGGAGCCCACGGAGGACGCAAGUCCGUCAUCCACGUCCUGCCUGAUGACGUCGAACACUGCCAGUCUAUUCUGUUCUCCAUGCUGCCAAGAGCAUCAACAUCUAAGGAGAUUGAUGCUGGACUUCUUUCCAUUAUCUCUUUCCCGGCCUUUGCAGUGGAAGACAUGAACCUCGUGAAUGUGACCAAAAAUGAAAUUAUUUCCAAGCUCCAGGGGCGUUAUGGAUGCUGUCGCUUCCUUCGAGAUGGUUAUAAAACCCCAAGAGAGGACCCAAACCGAUUGCAUUAUGACCCUGCGGAACUCAAGCUCUUUGAAAACAUUGAAUGUGAGUGGCCCGUGUUCUGGACAUAUUUCAUAAUAGACGGGGUCUUCACCGGUGACGCCGUUCAGGUGCAGGAGUACCGGGAGGCCCUGGAGGGAAUAUUAAUCAGAGGCAAGAACGGGAUCCACCUGGUGCCAGAACUGUACGCCAUCCCGCCUAACAAGGUUGAUGAAGAGUAUAAGAAUCCCCACACAGUGGACAGAGUCCCUCUGGGGAAGCUGCCCCAUCUGUGGGGUCAGUCCCUAUACAUCCUCAGCUCGCUGUUGGCAGAGGGGUUCCUUGCCACUGGGGAAAUUGAUCCCUUAAACAGAAGAUUUUCCACUUCCGUCAAACCUGAUGUUGUAGUACAAGUUACUGUUCUGGCCGAAAACAGCCACAUUCAGGACUUGCUGAGGAAACACGGGGUAAACGUCCAGAGUAUUGCUGACAUUCAUCCAAUCCGGGUCCAGCCGGGCCGGAUUCUUAGUCACAUAUAUGCCAAGCUUGGACGGAAUAAGAAUAUGAAAUUGAGUGGGCGACCGUAUCGGCACAUUGGCGUUCUUGGAACAUCUAAGCUAUAUGUGAUUAGGAACCAGAUCUUCACUUUCACACCCCAGUUCACCGACCAGCAUCACUUCUACCUGGCCCUGGACAAUGAGAUGAUUGUGGAGAUGCUGAGGAUCGAGCUGGCCUACCUCUGCACCUGCUGGCGAAUGACAGGCAGACCCACGCUCACCUUCCCCAUCACCCACACCAUGCUCACAAAUGAUGGCUCAGACAUUCAUUCUGCAGUUCUUUCUACAAUUAGAAAACUAGAGGAUGGAUAUUUUGGGGGAGCCAGAGUAAAAUUAGGGAGCCUUUCGGAAUUUCUUACUACGUCUUUCUACACAUAUCUGACCUUCCUGGAUCCAGACUGUGAUGAGAAGUUGUUUGAUGAUGACAGCGAAGGGAGCUUCAGUCCCGAUUCGGAUUUGGGAGGGUACUUGGAAGACACCUAUAAUCAAGUUACAGAGAGCGAAGAUGAACUGGACCAGUAUAUCAACCACCUCCUACAAAGCACAUCCCUGAAGUGCUAUCUGCCCCCUCUUUGUAAGAAGACAGAAGACAGCCAUGUUUUCAGUGCCAUCCACUCCACUCGGGAUAUACUUUCCGUGAUGGCAAAAGCAAAGGGUUUGGAAAUUCCAUUUGUUCCCAUGACUUUGCCAACUAAAGUUCUAAGUGCUCACCGGAAAUCACUAAAUCUUGUUGAUUCUCCUCAGCCACUCCUAAAACAGGCGCCUGAAGAGGACUUCCAGUGGCCCAGAGAUGACCAGGGUGACGUGGACUGUGAGAAGCUUGUGGAGCAGCUGAAAGAUUGUGCGAACCUCCAGGAACAAGCAGACAUUCUGUACAUUCUGUAUGUAAUAAAGGGCCCCAGCUGGGACACAAAUCUUUCCGGACAACACGGGGUCACGGUUCACAACCUCCUCAGCGAGCUCUACAGGAAAGCUGGCUUGAACCAGGAGUGGGGUUUGAUCCGCUAUAUCUCUGGCCUGCUCAGGAAGAAAGUGGAGGUCCUGGCGGAGGCCUGCACGGACCUGCUGUCACACCAGAAGCAGCUCACGGUGGGCCUGCCGCCAGAGCCCCGGGAGAAGACUAUUUCUGCUCCCCUGCCCCCCGAGGAGCUCACAAAACUCAUCUACGAAGCCAGUGGGCAGGACAUCAGCAUCGCUGUCCUCACACAGGAGAUUGUGGUCUACCUGGCCAUGUACGUCAGGGCGCAGCCCAGCCUCUUCGUGGAGAUGCUCAGACUCCGGAUCGGACUGAUCAUUCAGGUGAUGGCCACGGAGCUGGCACGGAGCCUGAACUGCUCAGGAGAAGAAGCUUCUGAAAGUUUGAUGAACCUCAGCCCUUUCGACAUGAAAAGCCUCCUGCACCAUAUUCUCAGUGGAAAAGAGUUUGGCGUCGAGAGAAGCAUGCGACCUAUCCAUUCCUCCACAUCCAGCCCUGCCAUCUCCAUCCAUGAAGUGGGACACACUGGGGUCACCAAAACCGAGAGGAGUGGCAUUAACAGGCUGAGGAGCGAGAUGAAACAGAUGACUAGGCGAUUUAGUGCUGACGACCAGCUGUUUUCUGUGAGCCAGGCCAUGUCCAGCAGUGCGCAUUCCUCCAAGUCCGCGAGGUCCAGCACCCCAUCCUCGCCCACUGGCACGUCAUCCUCAGACUCGGGUGGGCACCACAUUGGCUGGGGGGAGCGCCAGGGCCAGUGGCUCCGCAGGAGAAGGCUGGACGGAGCCAUCAACAGGGUCCCUGUGGGAUUCUACCAGAAGGUGUGGAAGAUACUUCAGAAGUGCCACGGUCUGUCCAUCGAUGGAUACGUGCUGCCGUCGUCAACGACGAGAGAGAUGACCCCGCAGGAGAUCAAGUUUGCCGUGCACGUGGAGUCGGUGCUGAACCGCGUGCCACAGCCCGAGUACCGGCAGCUGCUGGUGGAGGCCAUCAUGGUGCUGACGCUGCUCUCGGACACCGACAUGAACAGCAUCGGGGGCAUCAUCCACGUAGACCAGAUCGUGCGGACGGCCAACCAGCUGUUCCUGCAAGACCAGGGUCCCCUGUGUUGGUGCAGAAGCAUGUCCCAUCAGAAACCCUGGCCGGGAGGAGGUGGCAGCAGUGGACCUGAAACCAGUGUCUGUCCGAGCAGGACUCCUGUGCUCCCCCCAGGAGUGCCACAGGAUCCCCUUCUAGGUUUGCUUUGCUGUAACAUUUGCUGCAACAUCUGGUCUCGGAGUCUGAAGAGGAAUUGGAAACUGGUCCCUUUUGAGUGCAGUGUGAACGGAGAAGCCAGCUUCAGUCGGCUCUCGCUGAGAGUUCCUGCAAUCGGUCGGCGGUGCUAGUGACACAUCUAAAGAUAGGAAGAGCCUUACUGCGGCAGGAACGGACCUUGACAAGGGGAACGUCUUACCAGGAUGUAGUCUGUCCGCUAGUCUGUAGUGGACCAAACUGUUUACCAAAUAGAACAACUCUGUCUUUCUGUGGAAGUUUGGUUUCCUUGUGCCUUGUUGCUUUCUAGGGCUCUUGUUGUUUUGUUGGCAGAGCUACCUUUGUGUGACAGCAUCCGCUCUUGCCGAGAUUGAGAAAACUGCUUGCAGUUAACUCUGGCUUGUGGUCUCAAGGCUUUUAUCCUGGCUCCUUAUGAAUUAGAGAUUUCUUCUGCCUUAUAUAGAAAAAAAACCCCACAUCUUCUGGAUGUAGCACACACACACAUACACACACACAGGCAGGGGAGGUGCCAACUCUCCUUAGAGCUGGGCCAACUGUUGUUUGGGGACUGGAGCAGGAAGUCCCUCUGGAAAGCCUGGGCCCCCUACCCCCACAUGCAGUGACCACCCUGCGGGUGGGCGGUAUCUCCUCCCGCACCUGGGGUGGGUGGGGGGGGUGCUCCAUGAGGAGCGCUUGGUGCCAGAUGCCCGGGAGCCGAGUGGAGCGCCCUUGCACAGACAAUGCUUCCGUCUUAGCACAGAGCCAGAGUGGCUACUUGAGCCUGUUCCCUGGAAGGCAGGCAUGCCUAGGGGCCUGGAAUGUCAAGCAAGGGCAGAUCCUCGUAGGAGAGGGCCUCGCCGUCUUUGGCUGGUAUUUGGUGAACAGAAUUUUCUCUCUAGGCACUGUCUUACCUUUUGGAGGCCGGGGUGGGCAACAACAGGGACCAGUCUCUGUGGGUGGCAGACUUUGGGGGACAGGCCACCCCCGGUGGUUAAAUGGUGAGCUCCAGCUGCUGGAGGGUGACGGUCUAGGUUUGUGACGACUGCCACUGAGGUAGGGAACAUGGCCCCGGGAUCGUUGGCUCAGAGGUUUAUGUGAAGGGGGAGAAAGCUGAUACUAUCGCUGCUUUGAGGGGACACAGAGGUGCCCAGAGCCCCUCAGAUUCCAAACUUAGUACUGAUCCCUAUUCUCAAUGUGGGAGAGCCGCUCUUCAGCUGGGCCCCAGGGAGAGAGAGUCGAGAAACACAUGGCCCAGCGCUCCUUACCUGGGCUCGGUGGUGUCCAUGCCCCAUGCACAUGUGACUCGGGGACCUCGUUUGGAAUUCUUGAAAGCGCAGUUCUUUCUUUGCAGAGGCCUGGGGUGGUUACAUACAGAGCCACACCGGAAUCUGUCCGUCCCGCCCCACGGACUUCUCCCUGCUCCUCUCCCCCUUCCCUAUCAAUGUCCCCACGUGCUGCGCACUUUCCGCACCAGGGGCCGGAACACAAAGCUACAGGAGGUGUGACUCGGUGCUCAAGGGCCUCAGCCCGGCCGGAAGGCUGGUGAGAAAAGCUGUGCGCGCUCGGUGGCACAGACCCAGCAGAGACCCAGCCGCCGCGGGGACCGGAAGGCCGGGCCCGCCCGGAGCGCAGGUGGCAGCAUGGAGCUCAGCGACCGUGCGGCCUGGCCCGCAGCUCCUGCCCACGCAGCACAUGGCCUGGCCUGGCACCACGCUCCCCCGCGCUCCUGCAGUGCUCCCUGCCCAUGCCCCGUCUUUCCAGAGAGGCAUGUUUGGGCCCGUGUGCCUCUGAGGGUCCAAGGCAGGGAGGUGGGCACGGCCAGCCUGGUUUCAGAGUAGCAUUUUCAUAACCUUUGUUUUGGGGUUUCGAAAGACAUGCCUCACGUACUUCACCUGCUAGACUUCCUGGAGGGUCGUUUCCAAGGCAGGCAACGUAACAAAGGCACAAGCUGUGUAAGUCCUGGUGGCUUCUUGGGAGAGAAAGUUCCAGAAGAGUUACAGCCCUCCCAAUUGAGCCAGAUGCUAAUUUAGAACAUCACCUGCCCAUGGAUGGUACGCAAACCACAGACGCUGUGGCGGGGCUCACCAGCCGAGGUGCGGGCCAGGGGGUAGAGCCAUAAUAAGCAAUUCAGCGGCGCCUUCGGUUCCCUCUUUUGAAGCCUCUUUCAAAUGAAAUCCUGAAAUAGUAUCGCAUUUCCACAGGCAUCAAGCUGUCAGCUUCAAAGAAGGAGAACGGGCUUCGGAGGCUUGCUGCCAUUAUGAGCAGCUGAGGCCCACGCCGCGGAGAAGAACAGAUGCUUAGGGAUGGCAGAGGCCCUGUGCGGCCACUAUCCCAGCCACGGCCCACUGGGCUUCCACGCCAGGUGAGCGUGGCCCACGGCCCCUGCUGCUCGUCCCUCUGUCCACAGAGCAGAAAGGCCAGUUUUGACCUUUACUGGGCCUGGGAGGUAGCAUGUUCUUUUUCGGAGCCAGGAACAAACAUUUCUUUUAACAUCCAUUGAAAAUCUGUCGGCCGCCCCACCUGCUGCUCACCCUGGCUUUGACCCAAGUGAAGCCAGCAGCAAGGACGAAGGUUCUGUCUCGGAGUCAGACUGGCCUUCCAGCCCAGCUCUGUGACCUGGGGGUGAGCGAUGUAGCCUCUGUGCACCCCAGUUUGCCCAUCGUCAAAGGUACACCAAGGCCCGCAGACCGGGACGGGGCUACGUGUGAGGGAAUCACAGGGAUCCCUUUCUGCUCCCGGCCUCUGGCGGUCGGAGCCUGGAAUUCCCGGUUCACAUGAAUCCAGGUUUGUCCAGUGGCAGCCCCCAGCCAGGCCAAGGGCCAGAGGCAGACAGGUCUCCAGGUCGUGCCCAUGUCUCACGGGGUGGGCAUCUGUCAAAAGGUCCGUUAGAGCUUCUGCCACUUUUCUGGGGCCUAGUGAACGGAAGGAGACUGUUACACAUUAGCUGCCUAAAUAGAACUUAAAUGCUCCCUGUGUGUGUGUGUGUGUUUUUUUUUUUUUUUUU